AUGGGAACGUCGAAAGCCCGCGCAUCGACCGCGGCUGCGAAAGCAGCAAAGCCUGCUCAGGCUCCAGAAGCACCCUCCCAAAACCUCCCCGACAAGACCUUCAUCAUCGACAAUGGUGCGUACACAAUGAAAGCAGGCUACGCGGCGGACUCCGCGGAAGAAUCCCUGUCUGCUUGCACCUCGAUCCCGAACUGCCUCGUCAAGACUCGCGAUGGCAGCAUUGUGGUCGGGCCACAGCUUGCAACGAAUGUCAGCGAUUGGAACGAGGCGAUGUUCCGCCGUCCAGUGGAGAAGGGCUAUCUCGUGAAUUGGGAAGCGGAACGGGAAAUCUGGGAACAAUGUUUCUUCGAGGAAAAGGCAACGGCGCGGAACAGGAAUAUUCGAAUCGCUUCUCCGGAAGAAACGACGUUGAUUCUGACUGAGGCUCCGAAUGCCAUGCCUGCUCUACAGCGCAAUACCGACGAGAUGGUGAUGGAGGAAUGGGGGUUUGGAGGAUAUUUGAGGUGUUUGGGACCGACGCUGAACGCCUGGAACGAAGUCAACACUUUAUUCGGAGACCCACUAGCUCGAAAGCCCGGCGCGGACAUUUUGCCUACCGAUUGUCUUCUCAUUGUUGAUUCCGGCUACUCGCAUACGACGGUUACCCCGGUAUACAGAGGUGUUGCGAUCCAGCGCGCGAUUCGCCGUCUCGAUAUCGGUGGUAAACUCCUGACAAACUAUCUCAAGGAGGUCGUGUCAAUGAGACAAUACAACAUGGUGGAUGAGACAUAUAUCAUGAACGAGGUGAAGGAGGCCGUCUGCUUCGUGAGCAAUGACUUUAGUGCGGACAUGGAGCGAACCUACAAGGGAAAUGUGAAGCGCCAAGCACCCUCGGACGACAGUGUGGUGGUAGACUACGUGCUUCCCGAUCCAAACGCGAAACGAAAGGGCUUCAUGCGACCUUAUGAUCCACUCCUGGAAGCGAAAAAGAAAAAGGGAGCUCUCUCUGGUUUGAGUGCUGAAACUCUGUCCGAGGAUGUUCUUGUCUUGGGCAAUGAGCGCUUUACAGUACCCGAGCUUCUAUUCAACCCUGGCGAUAUCGGUAUGAAAGAGGCAGGAGUGCCAGAAAUGAUCAUGCAAAGUUUGUCGGUUCUUCCGCCUGGGCUGCAUGCUGCCUUCCUGGCAAAUGUGCUUGUUGUGGGCGGCACUUCUUUAAUCCCCGGCUUUAUGGAGAGACUGGAAACCGAGCUACGCCAAAUUGCAUCUGCCGAUUGUGUUGUGAGAGUGCGACGGGCCGAGGACCCAGUUCGUUCUACUUGGAUGGGUGGAUCGUGCCUUGCCCAUAGCCGCGAAGAGUUGAGCAAGGUUGCCAUUUCCCGGCAGGAAUAUCAAGAGUACGGGUCUGGAUGGGCGUGCCGCAAAUUUGCCGGUAUUGCCUAA